AUGCGGGGUUCACGACUUAUUUCAUUCCUAUCGAUAACUCGCAGUUUCAGCACCCAUCGACCCCUUGGCCUGGCGCAGAAAAUGCCCCGGUUAAACCCAGCCUCACAGAAAGCAAUCGAUCGGCUGAGAGCCUAUAAGCCCCCGGCGACCAGUUAUGACCUGGUGCCGUUGUCGCGCCGAGCGGCCGUGCUGGUCCUGCUCUAUGCCGACUCGAAGGGCGACCUUCGGGUAGUUCUGACCAUGCGGGCGAAAACCUUGAGUUCAUAUGCCGGCCAAGCGGCCCUCCCAGGUGGAAGGGCCGACUCCGUCGAAGAGACACCCUUCCAGACAGCACGCCGCGAAGCCCUUGAGGAGAUCGGCCUCGCAGACAUUGGUCAAGCCCUGCCGCAUCCGUUCUCCGUCGAACAUCUGUGCGAGUUUCCUGCGAACCUGGCCCGCACGGAACUUGUGGUUCGGCCCUGUGUCGCGCUCCUGCAUUCCUAUGACGAGACGACAAAUUCUAACGCCGACCCGGAGGUCUCGUUGAUCCCGAAGCUGGAUGCGCGCGAAGUGGCGGCUGUGUUCACGGCCCCGUUUAGUAAUUUUCUCAGCUUGAAGGAUGGAGAGGAUUGGGUGGUAGGAGACGGGGGUAGUGCUGUCCAGCCGGAGGACUGGUACCAAGGGGCCUGGACGGAGUGGCACCAGUCGAAUUGGCGGAUGCAUCAAUUCUUCGUGCCGAUUCGGCCGGAGGCGGUGGUGAAGCCACGGGCGAGGACGAGAUUCGAGCAUCUGAAGGCGGCGUUCAGUGAGCUAGAGGAGAAGGAGAAGGCCGGGGAGGUGGUUCGCUACCGCGUUUGGGGCAUGACGGCUCGCAUGCUGGUGGAUGUGGCCCGGGUGGCAUAUGAUCGGGAGCCGGCGUUCGAGCAUAAUAGCCACCUUGGAGAUGAGGAGAUGAUUGCGAGGCUGCGGCGCAUGGGACGAUUGAGUCCGAUUCGGAAGUCGGGCGACGUGCUGACGAGAGAGGAUAUGGAGAAGGCGGCGAAGUUGAGUUGA